CGCCAAUGUUAUCGAAUAUUUAACAGCUGUUCGAUUUGGUUGUUGUUUAUAUUUUGUUUUGGUUGUUCUGUGAGGGAAAUCUGGAUGGAAAGAUGCCUACGAACUUUAAUGUAGGCCUCCUGGGCCAUGUGGACAGUGGCAAAACAACUCUGGCUAAAGCCCUAAGUUCCAUUUCCAGCACGGCAGCCUUCGACAAAAAUCCCCAGUCCGUGGAGCGAGGAAUUACUUUGGAUUUGGGAUUCAGUGGAGUUCUGGCACAGACUCCCCAAGGAUAUCCUCUUCAAUUCACCUUUGUGGAUUGCCCUGGCCAUGCCAGUCUCAUAAGGACUAUCAUAGGAGGAGCCCAGAUUAUUGAUCUGAUGCUGCUAGUUGUCGAUGCCCAGAAAGGAAUCCAGACCCAGACUGCCGAGUGCCUGAUCAUUGGGGAGCUGCUGCAGAAAAAACUGAUAGUGGUGAUAAACAAAAUUGAUGUGCUGCCAGCAGACCAACGGGAGAGUAAGCUGGAGAAGCUCCGUUCACGGCUGUCGAAGACUCUAGGUUCUACUAGUUUUGGGAGUCAGGUACCCAUGUAUGGCGUCUCCGCUUUGGAGGGAACUAACAUUGAGGAACUGCGAGCCGGGCUUAGUGAUGCUUUCUUCCAGCCAGAGAGGAACACAAAUGCUCCACUGUUGAUGUACGUCGACCAUUGUUUCGGAAUCAAAGGACAAGGAACUGUGUGCACGGGCACCCUGCUACAGGGAAGAGUCCAAGUCAACGACACGGUGGAGCUUCCAGCUCUGAGGGAGCAGCGGAAAGUAAAAUCAAUGCAGAUGUUUCGCCAGAACGUUACCAGUGCCUCCAUGGGCGAUCGCAUUGGCUUGUGUGUCACCCAAUUCAAUGCCACGUUAAUGGAACGUGGUGUGAUUGCUGAACCAGGAUACUUGAAACCCAUCUACGCCGUAUGCCUGCGUCUUCGUCCAAUCCGCUAUUAUAAACAAUCAAUUAAAUCCAACAGCAAACUUCACAUCUCCGUAGGCCAUGACACUGUGAUGGCCAACGUGACAUUAUUUCGGGAUAAUGACAAUCGGUCUACAGACUUGCAACCAGAAAAGGACUACGAAUUUGUAGAGGAGCUUCUUCCAGUAGAGGUGCCUGAAUCUGAUGUCGUUUUCGCCUUGUUGCAGUUCGAAACUCCAGUGCUAAUCCCUCCCAAUUCAAUUCUUAUAGCUUCUAAACUGGAUAUGGACGUUCAUAGCACCAGUUGCCGGCUGGCUUUUUGGGGCCGUAUAGCUUGGCAGACGCACUGUUCUAACUACAUUCAGGAUGUGCUACCCAAACUGCGAAUCUUCAAGCGAAAACAGAAAGUGGGCAGCAUUCAACGUGUGGUUAAUGCGAAUGAGGUGAUUGUUCAUAAUCUUUUUAAAAAGGAAGCCAAUAGAGACUUGUACGUUGGUAAAUGGGUGGACCUAUCCACAGGAGAACGUGGCCUGAUCGAAAGAACCUUUGGACAAACCUCGAAAGUGGCUAUUACUUUUCGAGAGGCGCUCUCUACAGAAACAAUUCUGAAUAUUAAGGACAUAAAGGUGCUACUUAACUGUAAAAAAUAUAUAUUUAAUAAACAGGCAGGACUUUUUCAAUAAAAAUUCAUCUUUGUAGUUA